CAUGGCAGGGACAACAACGGGUCAACCUUCGCCUCAAGUGGCUUACAGAUUCCUUGGGAAAUCUGGACUUAAGGUGUCCAAUAUUUGCCUCGGCACUAUGACUUUUGGAAAAAACUCAGCAAUCGAGCUCUUCAAUGGACCUACUCAAAAUGACGAGGCAGAGGCACACUUGAUCCUGGACCGAUUUGUGGAAAUGGGAGGAAACUUUAUAGACACGGCUAAUAUAUAUAGCUUUGGUAUAUCGGAACAGAUCAUUGGUAACUGGCUCCAAAAACAAAAACGGGAGAACCUCGUGAUAGCAACAAAAGUGCGUGCUACAAUGGGACAAGGUCCAAAUGAAACAGGGCUGAGCAGACGUCAUAUUCUACAGAUGUGUGAUGACAGCCUUAAGCGUUUACAAACCGACUAUAUUGAUCUUUACCAGACUCAUGGCUGGGACUCAGCAGUGCCGAUAGAAGAAACACUUAGAGCAUUGGAUGACCUGGUCAAGUGCGGAAAAGUUCGGUACAUAGGCGUCUGUAAUGUUAUUGGCUGGCAGAUGCAGAAGAUUGUUGACAAAGCAGAGGCCUUGGGGAUCAACUCCAUCAUAGGACUGCAGCAACAAUACAGCCUGUUGUGUCGUCACCCUGAGCUGGAGGAGUUUCAGGUGUGCAGGAAUGAGGGCAUAGGAGUUCUGCCCUGGAGUCCACUGAAAGGAGGAUUGUUAACAGGAAAGUUUCAGCGGGGAGUUAAACCAGACAGUGAAGGUUCCAGGAUUGGAUUUGUUGCUGCAAAGGAGUCGGGUAGAACAUUCCAGAGCAGUCCAGGGUGGAGCAAAUAUGAAAAUAAUGACUUUUACUGGAACCUUGUCGAUGUCAUGUCCAAGGUGGCAAAGAACCACGGUAAAAGUGUACCCCAGGUGGCGCUGAGGUGGCUUCUUCAGAAGAAUGUGGUGUCCUCAGUGAUAAUUGGUGCCACUUCAAUCAAACAGUUGGAGGACAAUAUGGGAGCCAGCACAGGUUGGACAAUUACCAAAGAGGAGAUGGAGGAACUAGACACAGCUUCAAGUGAGGAACUUCCCUAUCCCUACGAGAUGGUAUUCCGUAUGAACAUCAGCAGGAAGAAUCCAUUCAAUGGACCAUCAUCCUUUGUUGAAAAUACGCAGGAGUAAAACAUGUAUAUGUAUUGGCAGCUUAAGUGCUUGUGAUGAAGUAUUAAUUUGUAGAAUCAGGUCACUGAUUUAAAGAGUAGGAAUAAGGUCACACAGGAACAGGUAGAGUAGAAGUAAUAUGCAGAUCACACAGUCACAAGAUAGAGGUAAAAUUAGGUAAUACAGACAAAGGUAGAGGUAAAAUUAGGUCAUAUAGACACAAGAUAGAGGUAAAAUUAGGUCAUAUAGACACAAGAUAGAGGUAAAAUUAGGUCAUAUAGACACAAGAUAGAGGUACAAUUAGGUCAUAUAGACACAAGAUAGAGGUACAAUUAGGUCAUUCAGACAUAAAAUACAGGUAAAAUUAUGUCAUACAGACACAAGAUAGAGGUAAAAUUAGGUCAUACAGACACAAGAUAGAGGUACAAUUAGGUAAUAGAGACACAAGAUAGAAGUAAAAUUAGGUAAUACAGACAUAAGAUAGAGGUAAAAUUAGGUAAUACAGACACGAGAUAGAGGUAAAAUUAGGUAAUACAGACACAAGAUGGAGCAGAAUACAGGACACACUCACAAGUGUAGGUCACAAUUUGUGUGAAUGAUUGAAUCAAUGAAAAGUUGUAAUUGGGUGUCCAUGGGGGUUAACAUACUUAUGUUAAGUAAUUUCAAUCUCUAUGGGUGUCCAUGGGGGUUAACAUACUUAUGUUAAGUAAUUUCAAUCUCUAUGGGUGUCCAUGGGGGUUAACAUACUUAUGUUAAGUAAUUUCAAUCUCUAUGGGUGUCCAUGGGGGUUAACAUACUUAUGUUAAGUAAUUUCAAUCUCUAUGGGUGUCCAUGGGGGUUAACAUACUUAUGUUAAGUAAUUUCAAUCUCUAUGGGUGUCCAUGGGGGUUAACAUACUUAUGUUAAGUAAUUUCAAUCUCUAUGGGUGUCCAUGGGGGUUAACAUACUUAUGUUAAGUAAUGUCAAUCUCUAUGGGUGUCCAUGGGGGUUAACAUACUUAUGUAAAGUAAUGUCAAUCUCUAUGGGUGUCCAUGGGGGUUAACAUACUUAUGUAAAGUAAUGUCAAUCUCUAUGGGUGUCCAUGGGGGUUAACAUACUUAUGUUAAGUAAUGUCAAUCUCUAUGGGUGUCCAUGGGGGUUAACAUACUUAUGUUAAGUAAUGUCAAUCUCUAUGGGUGUCCAUGGGGGUUAACAUACUUAUGUAAUGUCAAUCUCUAUGGGUGUCCAUGGGGUUAACAUACUUAUGUUAAGUAAUUUCAAUCUCUAUGGGUGUCCAUGGGGGUUAACAUACUUAUGUUAAGUAAUUUCAAUCUCUAUGGGUGUCCAUGGGGGUUAACAUACUUAUGUUAAGUAAUUUCAAUCUCUAUGGGUGUCCAUGGGGGUUAACAUACUUAUGUUAAGUAAUUUCAAUCUCUAUGGGUGUCCAUGGGGGUUAACAUACUUAUGCUAAGUAAUUUCAAUCUGUAAUGAUAAAUGAUCCCUUUUUCUGUGCCUGUCCAAUUUUAUUGAUCAAAUUUUAGAUUCUUAUAUCUACAAUUUUAACAAAUAGAUUGAUGUUAUUUCAGAACUAAUCGAAAGAAUAUUUAUAUGUACUUGAACUUAUUGUACAUACAUUGUAAUCAAGAGUUGAUUCAUAACUGUGAUAUUUUCACUUUUGUAUCCUGUUAU